AUGACCGAGACCACGCAGAUUGGGUUUGAUCUGCUGAGCUACAUUCACGAUUCGCGGCAGACGUACGGGCUGCGGUCGCAGGACUACACGCGGUACCGGCGGUUCUGCGCUCACCGGCUGCAGCGGGUGCGCAAGUCAGUCAAGCUGUCGCAGGGCACGGGGACAACCUUCAAGCGCAAGGAAGUGACAGCAGAGAAUGCACGCACCGCAGAGCACCUGGAGGUGCUGGUGCUGGAGGCAGGAGCGGGCGUGGGCCUGAAGAGCCAGCUGCAUUUCCAGCAGGAGGAGUAUGAGGCGGCGCUGGAUUGCGCGGUGUUUUCGCGGGCGGUGAGCCUGCGGUUGGCUCAGGCGGGCACGUCGCAGCAGCACGCGUUGGCGCACGCAAUGAUGGCGACGCUGGAUCCGAUUGUACGGCUGUCGGCGUACCGGGUGCGCGUGCCGGGCGCCCAGCAGAAGCCGCCGGGAGAGGUCGCGCAGGAAUGGUACGAGCAGCAGAUGGUGGGGAAGCCGGAGCGCGCUGCAAGCAAUGUGCCUGGGUAUGCAGAGAUUGCUCAGAAGCUGGCGGCGUUUGGCAGCGAUGAGCCGGCCAACGACCAGUACGAAUCGGCGUGCUCGGCGCAGCUCGCGUGGCGCGGCGGUAGCAUUGGGUUUGCCAGCUCUGAGCUAGCUGGAGCGCUGGCGAAGGCCGAGAAGGCGCUGGCAGCGGAGAAUGCUGUGGCGAUGUACCGGGUGGUGGAGCGGGCGGCCCAGCGCCUACAUGUGGAGAGCGCCCAGGCAGCGGCCAAGGUGCAGUCGCCGGUGGCCGAUGCUCUGGCGUCGGCGUACCUGGCGGUGCAGCUCCAUGCCGUGUGUGUGCAGCACGCAUUGGUGCUGGCCAAGUACCGGAAGCAGAUUAAUCUGCUAAUCCCCCGCCUGCCGCUGUUCUCGCCGGCCGUCGGUGCGUGGAUCACCGAGACGCCCGCGGCGGAAGCAAAGCCUGGGCUGCUGGGCAAGAUCGCCGGGAUGCCGGACGGCGCCCAGGUAGUGGUAUUGUGCGAUCUGAUCCGCAAGACGCUGGCACGGCUACAGGGGCUGGUGGCAGGCAUUCUUGCGCGCAUGGCGCCUGGUGCAGUACGGCUGAUCAGCGGCAGCCAAAUCAGCGACGAGAUCAGCGCCGCCCAGGCGUACUACAAUGCCGUGCGUGGCUACUAUGCGGCGGCCCAGCAUGCGUCGGCUGAGCACACCGCGUAUGUUGAUGCGCUGGCGCUGCUGGACUCUGUGGUGUCACAGGAGAUCCCGCAGGCACUGCAAUUGAUUACCAGCGUCAGUGGCCAGGAGCCUGCCGACUGCCUGUGGAGUGCCCAGGUGGGCGUGGCAGCGGCCGAUGUGCAGAAGCUCGAGAGCGACGCUGCUCAGGCGCUGCAGGUGGUGCGUGGUCUGUGUGCUGAUGGCAAGUCAUCGUCGGUUGCAGCCAAGGAGUGGGUUGCGGAUCCCAGUAAGUGCCCGGCAAUGGCGGCCAACGCGCUGGCGGGGCGCGCGGGGGCGCCUGCGCGCGUACCACAGCUGGUGGAUCUGGACGCAGUGUCGUUUGCAGCGGUGCCGGUGAAGCCGCUGUUCUACGACCUGGCGGCUGCCAGCAUCGACUUUGACCUGGAUGCGAUUGAGGCCAAGGCGGGCCGGCAGAGCAAGGGCAAGCUGUCGUCGCUGAUCGGCGGGCUAUGGGGCGGGCGCUGA